GCCUUGGUUCCCCCGAUGUUUAGUUACAGAUAUGGAUACAGCUUUCUCCUUAUUAUUCUUAGCUUUCUUAUCUCUGAGAUUGCAGGUACUUGUGGUAUAUUUCUAUUUAUAUAUCAUCAUCAGCAUAGAUGGUCUGCACACCAAUACAUAAACUCACAUACAUCCAGAAAUGGAAGUCACCCAUCACAAAAUGGAAUUAAUGGAUCUGGAAAUGGUAUACCUCCACAACUAGAUGGUAUCCCUCCAUCAGAAAAUGGACUUACAUCCUCCAAUGGAAUUCCACCAAUGGCGUUUACAAGUCAGCAAGGGUUAAAACAUGGAUUAGGACGAAUGUAUCCCCAACCGCCAUUGGACAAAGGAAUUUUAGUCAACGGAACCGGAGGCUACAAAGGAAAACAAUCUUUAUAUUUUCCUUGA